GUAUAAAGAAAUAUUCUCACUUCCAAGUAUGUUUUCUGCUGAAGCCAUAGAACAAGAAACUUUCUUAUCUCCAAAUACAUUCUCUGCUAAAAUUGUAGAACUUGUCUUCAACUUUUCAUUGAUACUUCCCACCACUACUUAA